CAAAGGGGUUUUAGCUAUAAGUAGAAGAAAUUGCGUCGAAAGAAGAAAAAAAAGUAUUAAAAGAAGACAUUGAAUCUUGAUUGCUUAAGAAAAACAAGAAUCAGAAAAUGGGUCAAGCUGAAAGCGCUGAAGCACAAUCAACCACCGCAACUGCAGUUGAUUCGAAUUCCAAUUCCAAUUCCACUUCCAAUUCCUCUAAUCCCACUUCCCUGGAAUCUGUAAUCGCAGAAGCUGCUGCAUAUGGAAAUCAAAACACUGAGAAUGUUGAGGAAAUGGCUCAGAAAGCUCUUGAAUGCCCUUGUAUUGCUGAUCUAAGAAGUGGUGCUUGUGGGUUUCAAUUCUCAGAGGCAUUUCUCUGUUUUCUCAAGAGUACUUCUGAAGAAAAGGGUUCGGACUGUGUAAAUUCAUUUGUUGCUCUGCAGAGCUGCAUCAAAGCCAAUCCAGAUGCGUUCUCUAAGGACAUUCUAGGCGAAGAUGAAAGCACGGAGUCAGAGCCAGUCCAAGAAUACAAAAUAAUUCCUCCCGAUUGGUCUAAGGAAUCGACAAAAUCUAAAAAAUCAAAGUCGAAGCUUUAAGGGAAGAGCUGAGACCUACUUGAAUAACAGAAUAAAUGCCAAAUUCAUUUUAAAUUUGUAUUAGCUUUGCCUAAUUGAAAACAUUACAGGUUGGAUUAGGGCCUGAAAUAUUUUCUAUAUUCACUAAAGAUUAGAGUGUUCCACCUUACUUUUUCA